GAGAAGGGAGAAUCCCCCCUCCCCCAUCAAGUCACUGCAGGACUAAGCACAUCCUCUCCCACCAAGGCCCAGUUAGGGGAAUGGAAUCCACAGGCAACAGAUUUAGAGACAGCUCCUGCUCCAGUUGUUGGGGUACCCACAAGAAGACCAAGCUGCACAUUGGCCAUAUUUGUGCAGGGGGCCUAGUUCUAGCCCCUGUAUGCUCUUUGGUUGGUGGUUCACUCUCAGGGAGCCCCCUAGGGUCCAGGUUAGUUGAUUCCGUUGGUCUUCCUUUGGAGUCCCUGUCCUCUUCAGGUCCUUCAUUCCUUCCCUCAACAUUUGGGCAAGGCUUCCCAACCUCAUCUAAUGUUUGCCUGUGGGUCUCUGCAUUUGUUUCUAUGGGCUGCUUCGAGGAGCCUCUCAGAGGACAGUUAUGGUAGGCUCUGUCUGAAAUAGACAUAACAUUAUUAUUAAUAGUGUCAAGGAUUGAUUCUUACCCAUAGGUUGGAUGUCAACUUGGGGCAGUCAUUGGUUGGCCAUUCCCAUCAUUUCUGUUCCAUCUUCGCCUCUGCACAUCUUAUAGGUAGGACAUAUUUUGAGUUGAAAGUUUUGUGGCUGGGUUGCUGUCCUUAGCCCUCCCCUAGGAGGUUAUAGGAAGUGGCCACUUCAGUAUCCAUAUAGGAGUCUUAGCCAGAGUUGCCCCCAUAGACACCCUGGGAGGCCCUCUCUACCCAUCCCAGGUCACUAGCACAUCCUAGAGAUUUGCUGAUAGUCAUUCUCUUUCUCCUGUUCUCCUUUCACCUGAUUCCCUCGCUGUUCCCUUCCUCAUCCCCUCUCCUACCCAGUUACCUCUCUUUAUCUACCUCCAAUAUCUAUUUUAUUUUCCCUUCUAAGAAAGAUUUCAACCAUCCUUCCUUGAGUCCUCCUUGUUAUUUGGUUUCUUUGGGUCUGAAGAUUGUAGCUCAGAUUAUCCUACACUUUAUGACUAUUAUCCACUUAGCUGAAUCAGUGCAUAAAAACCAUGGAUGGCCUUUUGGAUCUGGGUUACCUCACUCAGGAUAUUUUCUAGUUCCAUCCAUCUGGCCUGCCAAUUUCAUGAAGUCAUAGUUUUUAACAGCUGAGUAGCAUUUCCAUGUGUAAAUGAACCACAUUUUCUCUGUCCACUCUUCAGUUGAAGAACAUCUAGGUUGUGUCCAGUUUCUGGCUAUUAUGAAUAAAGCUGUGAUGAACAUAGUUGAGCAAGUGUCUUUGUGGGAUGGUAAAGAAUCUUUUGAGUGUAUGCCCAGGAGUGGUAUAGCUGGGUAUUGAGGUUUAGAACUAUUCCCAACUUUCUGAGAAACCACCAAAUUGAUUUCCAGAGUGGUUGUACAAGCUUGCACUCCCAGCAGCAAUGUAGGGAUGUUCCCCUAGCUUGAUAACAUGUGCUAUCUGUUGAGCUUUUGUUCUUAGACAUUCUGAUCAGUGUGAGGUAGAAUCAGAGUUGUUUUGAUUUGCAUUUUUCUGAUGACUAAAGACAUUCAACAUUUCUUUAAGUGUUUCUCAGCCAUUAGAGAUUCCUGUUGAGCAUUCUCUGCUUAGCUCUAUACCCCACUUUUUUUUUUUUUGCUUUUUUUAUUGGAUAUUUUCUUUACAUUUCAAAUGUUAUCCCCUCUCCCCGUCUCCCCUCCAGAAAUCUCCUAUCCCAUCCUCCUCCCCCAGCUUCUAUGAGGAUGCUCCCCUACUCAACCCACCCAGUCCCUCCUGCCUCACCACCCUGGCAUUCCCCUAUACUGGGGCAUUGAGCCUACACAGGACCAAGGACCUCUCCUCCCAUUGAUGUCCAAUAAGGCCAUCCUCUGCUACAUAUGCGGCUGGAGCCAUGGAUUUCUCCAUGUGUACUCUUUGGCUGGUGGUUUAGUCCCUGGGAGCUCUGGAGUGUCUGGUUGAUGGAUAUUGUUGUUCUUCCUCUGGGGUUGUAAACCCCUUCACCUCCUUCAGUUCUUUCUCUAUUUCCCCAUUGGGCACCCCAUUCUUAGUUCAUGAUUGGCUGCAAGCAUCUGCCUCUGUAUUUGUCAGGCUCUGACAGAGCUUCUCAGGAGACAGCUGUAUCAGGCUCCUGUCAGCAUGUACCUCUUGGCAUUCACAAUAGUGUCUGUGUUUGGUGACUAUAUAUGAGAUGGAUCCUCAGGUUUGGCAGUCUCUGGAUGGCUUUUCCAUCAGUCUCUGCUCCACACUGUGUCUGCAUAUUUCCUCCUGUGAGUAUUUUAUCCCGCUUCUAAGCACUGAAGCAUCCACACUUUGGUCUUCCUUCUUCUUGAGCUUCAUAUGGUCUGUAGAUUGUAUCUUGAAUAUUCCAAGCUUUUGGGCUAAUACCUACUUAUCAGUGAGUGCAAAUCAUGUGUGUUCUUUUGCGGUUGGGUUACCACACUCAAGAUGAUAUUUUUUUGAUUCAUCCAUUUGCCUAAGAAUUUCAAGAAGUCAUUGUUUUUAAUAGCUGAAUAGUAUUCCAUUGUGUAAAUGUACCACAUUUUCUGUAUCCAUUCCUCUGUUGAAGGAUAUAUGUGUCCUUUCCAGCUUCUAACUAUUAUAAAUAAGGCUGUUAUGGAUGUAGUGGAGCAUGUGACCUUGUUAUGUCUUGGAGAAUCUUUUGAACAGAUACCCAUGAGUGGUAUAGCUGGGUCCACAGGUAGUACUAUGUCCAAUUUUCUGGGGGAACUACCAGACUAAUUUCUAGAGUGGUUGUCCCAGCUUGAAAUCCCACCAACAAUGGAGGAGUGUUUCUCUUUCUCCCCAUCCUCACCAGCAUCUGCAGUCACCUGAGUUUUUGAUCUUAGCCAUUCUGACUGGUAUGAAGUGGAAUUUCAGGGUUGUUUUGACUUACAUUUCCAUGAUGACUAAGGUUGUUGAACAUUUCCUUAGGUGCCUCUCAGCCAUUCGAUAUGUACCCCAUUUUUUAAGUUGGGUUAUUUGGGUUGUUUGUGUCUAACUUCUUGAGUUCUUUAUGUGUUUUUUAGCCCUCUGUCAGACGUGCAAUUGAUGAAGGUCAUUUCCCAAUCUUUAGGCUGUCAUCUUGUCCUGUUGAAUGUGUCCUUUGCUUUUCAGUUCCAUGAGGUCUCAUUUAUCAAUUGUUGAUCUUAAAGCCUGAACCGUUGGUAUUCUGUUCACGAAGUUAUCUCCUGAUAACUUCAAGGCUAUUCUCCACUUUCUGUUUUAUUCUUAUAUUUAAUGUAUGUGGUUUUAUGUUGAGAUCUUUGAUCCACUUGGCUUGUAUUUUGUGAAGGAUAAUAUUGAUAAAAGUAUACAUAAAUAUUGAUCUAUUGCAGGCUACUACAUGCACACAUAAAAUUAGAUCAGAACAAUUUUUUGGAGAUGCUCUCCAUUGUAUGAUUUUUGCUUUUUUGUCAAAAAUCAAGUAUCUGUCAGUGUAUGGAUUUAUUUCUGGGUCUUUGAUUUUAUUCUGUUGAUCACCCUGUCUGUUUUUAUACCAAUACCAUGCAGUUUUUAUUACUAUUAUUCUGAAGUACAACUUGAAGGUAGGAAUGGUGAUAACUCCAUAAUUUAUUUUAUUAUACAAGAUUGUUUUAGCUAUCCUGGAAUUCUUAUUUUUGAAUAAAGAGUUGAGAAUUGUUUUUUCCAAGUUCUUUAAAAAUUGUGUAAGAAUUUUUAUUGGAAUUACAUUUGAUCUGUAGAUUGCUUUUGAUAAGAAGACCAUUUUCACUGUGUUAAUCCUACUGAUUCAUGAUCACGGGAGAUCUUUCCAUCUUCUGAUAUCUUCUUCAGUUUCUUUCUUCAGGGACUUGAAGUUUUGUCAUUCAGUCUUUCACUUGCUUGGUUAGAGUUAUACUGAGAUAUCUUAAGUCAUAUGUGACUAUUUUGAAGGAUGUUUUCUCCUUAACUUUUUUCUCGACCCAUUUAUCAUUUGUAUAAAGGAGAGCUACCAAUUUCCUUGAGCUAAUUUUGUAUCUAGACACCUUGCUGAAGGUGUUUAUUAGCUGUAGGAGUUUUCUGGUAGAACUUUGACAGUCACUUAUGUAUACUAUUUUAUCACCCAUGCAGAACUACUCAAUUCAAUACUGUUUUCCAAAAUAGGUACAGAACACCAACACAGUCUGACAGCAGUAAGUUAGAGGAAGUAUGAUUCACUUUAGAUCAUUUUCGUGACAGGGAAGCGUGAUGGUUGGAGCUCUUGACUACGUUUGUAGCUUUGUGGUUGACUACAUUUUGAUAGCAGCCAGAAAGCAAAUAGAGGAUAGAAAGUAGGGCCUGUAUGUAAGAUCCUUCUUCAGUUACUGACUUCCUAUACCUAGGCCUUGCUUCCUAAAGGUUCCAUAACGUACCCUGUCAGCAGCACCAGCUAGGGAAUUAGGCACGAGCUUACAGUGAAUAUUUCACAUUCGAACGGUGUCAAGCAUGAUUAGUAAGUAUUAGUAAAGUAGUUGGCUUUUCAGAGCCUCACUGGGCUCACGUGUUUUCUUUGCUUGGAGGCAAAGAUAAGUCUAGACAGAAUCUAUCACUAUUUCUGAAAGAGGCCUGAGUGCCUUAGACCUUCAAGGCUCAAUCAAACAAGGCUGGGAGAGUGCAGAAAAUAUAGUCAGUGUGUUGACCAAGGAGUCUGGGCUCUGUACAUGUGAUCAAACACCCAAGAUCAUUUACAUUUUUCUGAACUAAGGCUUCUUGAGUCAGAGUUGUGUGGAAAUUAUAUUUCGCCUCAAAAUACCAUAAAAGAAAUGCCACUGCUGCAAGUAAUGACAACAUUACUAUUAAAGUGCCAAUCAGUUUGAGCCUUAGAAACGUUCACCCACAACAGGACAUCACUGCCUCAUUAAGUCCUCAGUUUCUGAGGAAGACCUGUAGUAAUGUAUGUCCAGGAUAUGAUAUAUUUCCUUUCCACAAGGUCUAAAGUAGAUGAUCAUGGGUUUUGGUGCCUGUGUCUCAGAAUGCAUUUGCCAUGGGAUCUUUUUUUCAUCAUUUGUUAGAGGAAGAAAACAAAAAAAUAACCUGUGGUGGUAUCUGGGAAAUGAGGCAUUGAGCACCCAUUAGUGUGCAUUUCAUAAGGCCUCUUCCUGUGAGAAUGCUGAGGUGGCUUUUUGUCAUCUUCAUUUGAUGUUUGUUGAAUUUUGUGGCAUUUGGAGAAAGCAGUCACUGUGCCCCUGAUAGAAAUAGACCAGUAUUCUGAAGGUUCUCAAACUGGAUACCAGAUGUUGGUGCACAAAUCAGAAGCUUCCUCAACUGGAAUCUAAUCCAUUAUGUAAGAAAGGGUAAGGAAUGUGGAGACUAUUUGAGAGUAUAAAAUAGUUUUAAAACAUUAAUAUAAGGGUUGGGGAGUUGACUCAGAACUUAAGAGCCCUUGAUACACUUCCAGAGGACCUAAGUUUGGUUCCUAGAACCUAUGUCAGGCUGCUCAUAACCAUCUGUAUUUUCCUCUCCAGAAGAUCUAAUAAUUUCCCAUGUGCUAACUUUAUGCACACUGUGAAAUUUUCUUUUGUGUUUUUACAGGUUAAUUUAAAAUUAGUAGUGAAUGUGUUUUGUGUUUCUUUACGUAAACUAUAUGGAUCCUGUGCAUAUAGGUGCCAGCUAAGCCAGAAGAGGAUGUCAGAUCCCUUGGAACUAAUAUUGAAAACUGCUGUAAGCUACUUAAUGACUGUUUCCUAUCCACUCCAGAAUCAUCCCAGUGGAUGAAUCUAUUUUGGAGCCGGUGUCACCCAUGUGUGAAGGGGCAGGAAGAAUUCAAACCCAAUUUUAGAAACAGCACUGGAUCAACUCUGGCAGCAAUGGUUGGAGCAGGGGGAUCAUCCUUGUCAGUUGCUGCUUCAAGAAUUCUGGGGUUGUAUUACAUGCCUCAGGUGGGCUAUACGUCUUCCUGUUCAAUUCUUAGUGACAAAUUCCAGUUUCCAUCUUAUCUUCGUGUAGUACCCAGUGAUAAGAUCCAGUCUGAGGCCAUGGUGAAUCUUAUCAAACACUUUGGUUGGGUCUGGGUAGGUGCUGUUGCAGCUGAUGAUGAUUAUGGAAAAUAUGGAGUAAAAACUUUUAAGGAAAAAAUGGAGAGUGCAAACCUCUGCGUUGCUUUCUCUGAAACCAUUCCAAAAGUCUACUCCAAUGAGAAAAUGCAAAAAGCUAUUAAUGCAGUAAAGAAUUCCACUGCAAAAGUCAUUGUGCUUUACACUUCUGACAUUGACCUCAGCCCCUUUGUGUUGGAAUUGAUUCAUCAUAAUGUAACUGACAGGACAUGGAUAGCCAGUGAAGCCUGGAUUACCUCAGCUCUCAUUGCAAAGCCUGAGUAUUUUCCCUAUUUUGGUGGAAGUAUUGGAUUUGCAUUACCAAGAACUACUAUACCUGGACUAAAAGAAUUUCUUUAUGAUAUACACCCUAGUAAGGAUCCAAAUGAUGUCUUGACCAUUGAAUUCUGGCAAACUGCUUUUAACUGUACCUGGCCCAACAGCAGUGUGCCUUACAAUGUGGACCAUAGAGUGAAUAUGACUGGAAAAGAAGACAGAUUAUAUGACAUGUCUGAUCAGCUCUGCACUGGAGAGGAGAAGCUGGAGGAUCUGAAAAAUACUUAUCUGGAUAUGACUCAGCUAAGAAUCACAAACAAUGUUAAACAAGCUGUGUAUGCUAUAGCUCAUGCUCUGGAUCUCCUCAGCAGAUGUCAAGAAGGAUAUGGACCAUUUGGUACAAAUAAUGCAUGUGCAUAUAUACCCACCUUUGACUUCUGGCAGCUAAUGUACUAUAUGAAGGAAAUUAAAUUUAAAUCACAUGAGGAAAAGUGGGUAGUUCUGGAUGAUAAUGGAGAUUUGAAGUUUGGACACUAUGAUAUCCUAAACUGGCAAUUAGAUGAUAGUGGAGAAAUUUCCUUUGUGACAGUUGGGAGAUUUAACUUCAAAACUGACAUGUUUGAGCUCAUUAUUCCAACAAAUUCUACAAUAUUUUGGAACACUGAAUCAUCAAGGCGUCCAGAUUCAUUCUGCACACAAGUAUGUCCUCCAGGGACCCGGAAGGGGAUUCGCCAGGGGCAACCCAUAUGCUGCUUUGAUUGCAUCCCAUGUGCUGAUGGAUAUGUGUCAGAGAAUCCAGGCCAAAGGGAAUGUGAUCCAUGUGGUGAAGAUGACUGGUCCAAUGCAGAGAAGAGCAAGUGUGUACCAAAGCUUGUGGAAUUCCUCGCUUAUGAGGAGGCUCUGGGGCUCACCCUUGUCAUCCUUUCCAUAUUUGGGGCACUCGUGGUCUUGGCAGUCACUGUUGUAUAUGUGAUAUACAGACAUACACCAUUGGUGAAAGCCAAUGACAGAGAGUUGAGUUUCCUCAUUCAGAUGUCUCUGGUUAUCACAGUGCUCUCAUCCAUGCUGUUCAUAGGCAAGUCAUGCAACUGGACCUGCAUGGCCCGCCAGGUCACUCUGGCACUGGGAUUUUGCCUUUGUCUGUCUUCCACUCUUGGAAAGACUAUUUCACUCUUUUUUGCCUACAGGAUUUCCAAAUCCAAAACCCGGCUUAUAUCCAUGAGCCCCAUUUAUCGAAAACUAAUUGUGUUGAUCUGUGUUGUAGGGGAGAUUGGUGUAUGCACAGCUUACUUGGUGUUGGAGCCUCCAAGGAUGUUCAAGAACAUUGAACCUCAAAAUGUAAAGAUCAUCUUUGAAUGUAAUGAAGGGUCUAUAGAGUUUCUGUGUGCUAUAUUUGGGUUUGAUGUUUUUCUGGCUCUACUGUGUUUCCUAACAACCUUUGUGGCUCGCAAGCUGCCAGAUAACUAUUAUGAAGGGAAAUGUAUCACUUUUGGGAUGCUGGUCUUUUUCAUUGUCUGGAUCUCUUUUGUCCCUGCUUACUUGAGCACUAAAGGCAAAUUCAAAGUAGCUGUGGAAAUAUUUGCCAUUUUGGCAUCCAGCUAUGGCUUGUUAGGCUGUAUAUUUCUUCCCAAGUGUUUCAUUAUCUUGCUGAGGCCAAAGAGGAACACGGAUGAAACUGUUGGUGGAAGAGUCCCCACUGUUGACAGGAGCAUCCAGCUGACCUCAGCCUCUGUGAGCAGUGAGCUUAACAACACCGCAGUGUCAACUGUUCUAGAUGAGUAGAGCUGUGAGCUCUAAGUGUCAGGCAAAGCUGGAAGGCAACUUGCCUCAACCUUUCUUUGUAUGUUGUGGUGAAGCAGCUGCUGAUGUUGUAGCAUAGUAUUGGCUGUAGCUCUGUUGAUGUAAGUUUAACCUGAUAAUGGUAUCUCAGUCUGUGACAUGGCAUUCAGUAUAGAUUAGAAUGUCACUUACGUUUGAAAUUGGAAACCAUUUCAUUAGAUUUUAAAAUAGAGACUCUAAAUAAACACAAUUCAUCAGACAUUGUAUUAAAAAUGGUUCAUGAAUAUUUUUUCUGUUUUUCUUUUUCAUAAGUUUACAUCAAAUAAAAAUACAGGCAGGUUUUAAAGAGAUCUUUUCUCAUACUGUUGAUACCUCUCUGAAAUAGUCCUAUUUUUUUAAAAUUAUGACUCUGAAGCCCAAGGAAAUGGCUGAGUUGUUAAGAGCCUUGGCAGCUUUUCAAGCAGACCCAGGUUAAUUUCUAACAUCCUACAUGGUGGCUCAUAGCUGUUUGCAACUGGUUCCAGGGGCAACAAUUCCUUCUUCUGGGAGCCAGGCAUGCACAUGCCUCAUAAUAAUGCAUAUAGGUAGAGUGCUAUGACAAAUAAAAUAAAAGAAAGGAAAAUUUUUAUUUUGACAUCUUCCCCGUGGGCAGAAGCUUUAAAGAGUUCUUGGAAGAUAAUCUGUGCUUUCAAAGACACAAGACUGAGGGUUUUGAAAUAUUGCUAGAAUUAAUGAUGAUAGGUAAGCUUCUUUGAAGCAAGGUAUGAUCCUACUCCAUGAUUCUCUGGGCGAGAGUAAGUGCUAAAAUGUCUGAGUUUCAAAACAUUCCUCUGAGAAAUAAAUACAAAGAGAGUUGUGAUGCCAGGCCAGUCUUAAUUAGAUUAUAUGGUAAAGAUCUAUGGCAAACAUUUACCUAGACCAAGGCUUAGAAUGCAAGACUAUUUUUCUUAAAAUUUAUUUUAUACAUGUGAGUACACUGUCACUGUCUUUAGACACACUAGAAGAAAGUAUCGGAUCUCAUCAUAGAUGGUUGUAAGCCUCCAUGCAGUUGCUGAGAAUUGAACUCAGGACCUCUAGAAGAGCAGUCAAUGCUCUUCACUGCUGAGCCAUCUCUCCAGCCCCAGUAUGCAAGACUUCUUAAAAAUAUUUCUUAAUGAUACACAACGAUAAACUGUCCUUCGACUAUAUAGCUAUGUAAUUUUACUUCCCACAUGCUAAUGUUAUAGAUAUGUUUUCAGUCUCCUUGACAUGAAAUGUAAAAAAUGACCUAUAUAUUUUUAUAAGCACAUGAGUUAAACAUGUGGCAAACACGACUUACAGACUUGUGGACAGUAUAAACUGCAUAUGUACAUCUGGCAGUAGGCAUACAAGACCAGAAUAGGUGUGGUUUCAAGAGAACUUUAUCUUUGUGAUUUGUAGCUCCUCAAACUUGUCUGGGAUUUCUUCUGUAGGUGUGUCAGAGUAGAAAGUAAAACCAUGAUGCAUAACUAAGCAGAAUCAUGCAUGAGCUUUUUAUUGAUUUAAAAACAAGAUUAUUCUAGACCAGAUAUAGAUAAUGACCUUUCCAUAAUUUAAAUAAGAGUUUAUAUCAAACCUUGGUAAAACUCAAAGUGAUCACAUUUGCUUCAGGGUACUGCACACCAGUGUUUUCUAGAUAGACAUCUAGUCACCUAUUUAUUGCACAAUACUUUCCUAGUGUUCGUCAUUAUAAUCUAAUUAUAAGAAUCAUUAGAUAAGUUUAUAUCACAAGUAUAAAGUGGAGAAUGUUUGCUUUCCUUGGCCAUCAUUGCUUUAUUCUUUUUGUCUACUUAUUUGUAUUUUCAUUCACAGGGGUAUACUCUGGGAAAGAGAAAAUGAUUUUUUCAAACCAUAGAGCAAUGUAGAAAAUGAAAACCCAUAAGUUAACUUAUUUUUCAACUGUUCAUGCAAUUUGGAAGAUCUUAACAAUAUCUUUCAAUUUUCAAACAAAGCUAGAAGAGGAUAUAUUUGUAAUGAUGUGGCUUGUUUUCUAUUCAAACUAUUUCAAUCUCAGUGUCCUCCAUUCCUUUUCUGAGAUGUUGAAUAUUGAACAUAUGCUUUCUAAAAAGUUAGUAACAGAAACUCAUGUCUCUCAGUAAUACUGUCUUUUUCAUCUUGUAGUCAUGGCAAUCACUUUCCUAAUAGGCAUCAAGUUCAGUAAAUCUCAGAUAUAAAGUACAAAAUAUUGUUUUGACUUACACACUUAAUGACAAUGUAUAUGUCCCUUUAUAGCUUUAAAGUGAAACAAUUUGAGUUAUCUCUCAUUGAUUUGGCAUAAAAUAGUUAUAGAACUGGCUGAUGGCAGUUAAAAUAAAAAUAUUUAAUCAUCUUUACUUGUAUUUAAUUUGUAAUUACACAUCAAACAUUAAACUAUUUUGUCACAAUAUUAGAAGAGUUCUUUGGAUAAAUAUAUCAUUUAAAAUUAUAUUUAGCAUUAAAACCCAGUCAAUCUUCCAGCAUGGAGGGUAGAGGCAGGGUCAUUGGUGCAGUUGUGAGUAGUGAAAAACCGCAAGAGUCGUGAAGCUAGCACAGCUGUUUGACCCAGUCUAGAAAAGCUGCACCAGAUGCUUUCUUUGCUAUUGUGCUGUCCCCCACUUUGGGAUUUGAAUCUGUAUGGGUUGCAUUUGUGGGAGACUUUUUACACUAUGAUCAUUCAUGCCUUUUCCAAGAAAAUUAUUUCUGCUCUAAAAGAUGUAACCUUACCUGGCCUCACUCAGGAGUCUUCAUUGUGAAAAGCAAAAAACAGUUGGGUAGCCUGAGAGUUCUCUUGGCACACCUACCACUAAGCAAACUCAGAAACGAUAGAUUUGGCAACACAUUAGAUUACAGGCUCUCACCUACAUGUAGUUCAUAGGGCACUGCCCCAUGAAAAUGAAAUUUUAAUAACAAAGUUAGUUUUCUCAAAAUAACCUUUAACAAUAUAUUAAAUGUUACCUGGAAUUAGUACAAAAGAAAUAUGAGAAUUUUCCAAUCAUAAGAAGAGUGGCUCACAUUAAAUUACAGUGAAGUUUUUAAGUAAAAAACCUAGAGAAAUCAAAUGAAUAGAACUAGUCUGCAAUGUGGGCAAGCUUUCAAACUUUUAAGCUAAGCUAACUUACAAGCUGCAUUUCAAACACUGUUCAGUGUUUAAGGCUUGGGAACUUAUCUAGAGUGACUCAGGUAUUUUUCUAUUUAAUGUUUCACUGAAGUAUAAAAUGUCAUGUUAUAAAUGCUCACAUAGUCUAAAAUGAUUUGAGAAUGAUAAUACCCAUUCUCUCUGUAGUUGUAACACUCGUCUAGGGACAAUAGUGCUAUCUGUAUUUCUUUUGAAAUCAAAAGUUUGCUUCUUCUAUGGAAUCUGCAUACAUAAAGGGGCAUCCUGAUUGUUAAUCUGCAUUAUGAAGUAUUUUAUGUGCCUGGCCCCUUUAAUGUUCCUGUGGUCUACAGUGUCAUUUGGGUCUUGGUCUUCAGGGAACAGGAGAAGAUCUAAAAAGUCAGCAGAGACUUGAGAACUGGGAGAAAGUAGUAGGAGUAGGAGAGAGAGUAGAGAUGGGGAGGAGGCAGACAGGGUCCAGGACGCAGGAGGGUAAGGUCAGAGAAGAGAGUUGAUAUGAGAAGAAAGAAGACUGAAAAGGGAUAGAGGAGAGAAGUGAGAGGAGAGAAAGAGGAGAUUUGAGCAGAGUGAAGAAAAGAGACAUUUGAAAUUGAAAAGACAGUUGGUGACAGUUGAGCCAGGAAGAGCUGAACUGAGCCAGUGAAGAUAUUGUUAGUGACAGAAGAAUCUACAAAGUAACAAAAGAGAAAAAUAAAGAAUAAAAAUUAUACCAGUCAGAGAUGCAAGCUUCUCUAGCUGUGAUCUCUGAUUCAUUCUCCCUUUACCCGCCUCUGCCUGAUCCAUAUCACCUGUGCUGGAAACUGCCUGACUUCUGGGGCUGGCCCCUAGCAGCUCACCACUCUUCAUUUCUAGCUGAAGAGCUAUUGACAGUUGAUGGCUUCUGGCAGAGGAAGUAUAUUUCUUUAAGGGGGAAGACCCUGAUAGGUUGGUUAUGCUCCCGAGGAUGGUCCCACAUUCAUUAAUCCAUGGGAAGGGCAAAGUGGCACUCAGGUUAUGAAAAAUCCCACAUGAAGUUGGGAGGGGGUAAAGGAGUGUGUUGUGAGUCUGGGAGGAUUAGCAGUAUAAAUGGAAGAUAUUAUCAAAGUAUAUUGUAUGCAUCUAUAACAUCUCAAGGAAUUAAUAAAAUAUUUUAAAAUUAA